UUCAUAAAAUUCACUUCGCCAUGACCAGACUGUUGGAAGUUUGGUGGAAAAAUUAGCAUAUAGCGGUGUUGGUAGUAUUGCUGUCGUGGAAGGGGAGGAGAAAGAGAUAUGGGUGAAGAGUCACCGGAGGGUCAGCAGAGGGUUAAGAGAAUAGCGGCGGCGGCCUACGACUACGAGAACGAUUCCAGAUGGGCCGACUAUUGGUCCAACAUCCUCAUCCCUCCCAACAUGGCCUCCCGCUCUGAUGUCGUUGACCACUUCAAACGCAAGUUCUACCAGCGCUACAUCGAUCCUGAUCUCGUGGUAGAUGCUAUGUCUUCUACCGGUUCAUCUCAGCCAGCAAGGCCAGCAGCUCCAUCCUCUGCUUCAACAACAUCUUCAAAUGACCAAGCUCGACCGCGUAACGCAGGGUCAACGACUCGAACUUCGGGGACAUCGUCAACUAUGGGCCCAAAUCCAAGUUCUCUACGCUGGGAUCAGCAAACUAUUCAGUUCUCUAUGAAUGCUUGGGUGUUUGUUGUAGCUGUGCUUGCAAUUUUUCCACUGAUACCUAGAAAUCUUUCACAAAGGGCAUAUCGGCUUUCCUUUAUGGGCACUGCAUGUUCCUCUCUAUAUUCUGUGUAUUCGCUAUAUGGGAAACCAAGGGCAUGGAAUCUUCAGGCUUUGCAAGUUUAUUUUCAGUCCAUUAUUGCAACCAAGGAUUUUAUCUACUUCAUAUACUGCCUUACCUUUGUGACUUCAAAUCUUUGCCUCAAGUUUUCUUUAAUUCCCAUCUUAUGUCGAGCACUUGAACAUGUUGCAAAGUUCCUUAGGCGUAAUUUCAGUCGGUCCUCCUUGUACAGGAAGUACUUGGAAGGACCAUGUGUUUGGGUGGAGUCAAACACAACCACCCUUAGCAUAGUGUCUUCACAUGCUGAGAUUGGACUUGGCUUCCUCCUAAUUGUCUCUCUGUUCUCGUGGCAGCGCAACCUUAUACAAACUUUCAUGUACUGGCAGCUAUUGAAGCUCAUGUAUCGUGCCCCUGUCACUGCAAGUUACCAUAACAGUGUAUGGACUAAGAUUGGGAGGACUGUCAAUCCGCUUGUCCAUCGCUACGCGCCAUUCUUGAAUACUCCAAUUUCUGCUGUCCAGAGAUGGUGGUUGAGGUAGAAGAAACAAGUAGAAGAAGGCAGCCUCAAAGUCCAAAGUGAAAAUCCCACCUGGAUCCACUCUUUUUAUCUAACUUAUGUCAGAUACAUGACAAAUUUUCCAUUAUGAUUAGAGUCUACUGGAAGUUACUUGCAACGAUUGAAUACUUGUUUGUUUUAUCUUUUAUGUACUGCCAAAACUUCUCAUGGGGAGUUGCAUCCACUCAAUUUACCGUAUAAUUAUUAUUCCGAAAA